CGCGAGAGUUGCUUUUGCGCGCGAACUCUAAGUGCCAGGGUCGAACUCAGGGCCGGGUCGCGGCUGGUCACUGGACAGGGACUUGGGUGACGCGACGAUCUCAGCUGAUCUGGUCACCUUCGUCUCCCCGCCAUGGAGACCUCAGCGCUCAAGCAGCAGGAGCUGCCCGCGGCGGCCAAGAUCAGGAACCUGCCCUGGGUUGAAAAAUACCGGCCACAGACCCUGAAUGAUCUCAUUUCUCAUCAGGACAUUCUGAGUACCAUUCAGAAGUUUAUCAGUGAAGACCGACUGCCACACUUGCUUCUCUAUGGUCCCCCAGGGACAGGCAAGACAUCUACCAUCCUAGCCUGUGCGAAACAGCUGUAUAAAGACAAAGAAUUUGGCUCCAUGGUCUUGGAGCUGAACGCUUCAGAUGACCGAGGAAUAGACAUCGUUCGAGGACCAAUCCUGAGCUUUGCUAGCACAAGGACAAUAUUUAAGAAAGGCUUUAAGCUAGUGAUCUUGGAUGAAGCAGAUGCCAUGACUCAGGACGCCCAGAAUGCCUUGAGAAGAGUAAUUGAGAAAUUCACAGAGAAUACCAGAUUCUGCCUCAUCUGUAACUAUCUGUCAAAGAUCAUCCCUGCCUUGCAGUCCCGCUGCACGAGGUUUCGGUUCGGUCCCCUGACUCCUGAACUCAUGGUUCCCCGCCUGGAACAUGUCGUGGAAGAAGAGAAAGUUGAUAUAAGUGAAGAUGGAAUGAAAGCACUAGUCACUCUUUCCAGCGGAGACAUGCGCAGGGCUCUGAACAUUUUGCAGAGCACCAAUAUGGCCUUUGGGAAGGUGACAGAGGAGACUGUCUACACCUGCACCGGGCACCCGCUCAAGUCAGAUAUCGCCAACAUCCUGGACUGGAUGUUGAAUCAAGAUUUCACCACAGCCUACAGAAAUAUUACAGAGUUGAAAACUCUGAAGGGGUUGGCACUGCAUGAUAUCCUGACAGAGAUACACUUGUUUGUGCAUAGAGUUGACUUUCCGUCUUCAGUUCGAAUACAUUUAUUGACCAAAAUGGCAGACAUUGAGUACAGGCUUUCUGUUGGCACCAAUGAGAAGAUCCAGCUGAGCUCCCUCAUUGCUGCAUUUCAAGUCACCAGAGACCUGAUUGUUGCAGAGGCCUAGAUGCUCCGAGGGCUGUUCACAAUUCUCAGGGCUCUGCAGUGACGGAAGAACAGAGGACAGUUCCGGGAUGAACUGCAGCCUGGGGUCGUGGGAUGAACCAGUCACUCUAAAUCUUGGAAAAACUCCUUUCCAGGACAGGAUGGGCAGGCAUUUUUAAAAGUACCAUUUUUGUGGUGGUUUGGAGCAGAGAUGUACAAAAUAAUUUUAAUGUAUAACUCAUACUGCCCAUCUUUUAUAGGGGAAAAAAAUAACCUUUUUUAUUUUAAAGUUAUAAGGCUUUUACCUUUUAGUUGCUUGGAUGACAGGGAAUUAGCCUACCCUAUUUUGGUCUGGAACAGAAGACUUUCAAAUCUAAUAUGGUCCAAGUGUCUUCCUACUCAAGGUAAACAUCAUCUCCAAAAUUACAUUUACGAUUCUAAUAUUUGGCAUUGUGUCUUUAUCUAAUUUAAACAGAUGUUAACGAACGUCUGGCCAAAACUAUUAUACUUUUAUAAGAUGAGCUGAAUUCUCUGACUUUAAAAACUGGUCUUUUUAUUUACCCUUUGUGGUAGAAGAGUUACCAGCAGGUUCCAAAUUGAUGUGGAUGAUAGGAAAAAA